CGCCGCCGUGAUGGCGGAGCUACCUCAGCCCGACAUGUCGCACCUCACCCCCGAGGAGAGGCGCAUCAUAGAGGGUGUUUUAAUGCGCCAAAAGGAGGAGGAGGAGCAGGAUCAUGAGAUCAUGAGACGAAAGCAGGACGAGGUGCAGGUCCUCGAAGAAACAAUACGGAUGCGUUCGGAAAAACAGAAGAAGGCGGGGGUAGAGCUGAACGCCACGUGCCACAUAUGCCUGAAGACCAAGUUUGCCGAUGGCAUCGGCCACAUCUGCAACUACUGCGACAUCCGGUGCUGCGCACGCUGCGGCGGAAAGGUCACUCUACGGUCAAGCAAGGUGAUAUGGGUAUGCAUACUUUGCCGGAAGAAGCAGGAACUUCUUUCGAAGACCGGACAAUGGAUGACGAAGACGGGCCUCGGCGCCGUGGACAACGCGCUGUUGCGGCAAAUGCAGGAGGACUUGCAGGUGGGUGGUCGUCAGGGACUCGCGGACCAAACUCGGGAUAAAAGACCGAAACUCGAGAGGGCGCACAGCGCGGCUGAGAAAGAGAAUUUGCCGUUAUUACAGAGAAGCGGAAACUGUCCUCUCAGGAGACAGUACUCUCAGCAAGAGCAGAUCUCGGGUCGCCGAAUGUCCACGAGCGACAGUGGGGUGGAAAUGUCCGUUUCGCCUCACGCGAGAACAUUACCAACACCCCACAUGGCGGUCGGCUCUUAUCCGGUGCAAACUUCGAGACACCCUGCAGUCUACCCCGACGAUGAUCCCACUUUAUACCGAAGCGAACUCGACGGUCUGAUGAGACAACAUCCGCAAAAUUAUCAGAGGCAACGGUCGACCUAUCAGGAGAGUCAAGAUCUCGGAAUGACUUAUGGCCAGACACCGAUGGAAUCCGCUUCCAUUCGUACCACAAUGCAUCCCUCCCAGCAGCAUUCGAUGCACCAGACACAAGGCGGACGUCCCGCUCAACCUGCGUCAACGGUAGGCGUUCAGCAACAAAGAAGUUUCAGUAGUAGUGAAGAAGAGCGAAGCACACCGGAGUGCGCCAGUGACGAGCCAGACGAGUCGGAGAAGGGGAAGGGGUACUACCACCACGCGGGAGGUCCGAAAUCGAUGUCCAGUGGUGGGCGUAGGCACAACGGAUCCCACAAUGGGCACCACGGUGCGGACGCGAGCAUGGCCAUCGAGCAUAACGGCCAUCAUCCACCGCGAGAGCCGCGAAAAGAAGAGAGCACUCUCGUCAGACGGAGCUUCCGAAGGUGCGGGGACGAGUGGCGCGCCGAUAGUAGGAGGUUCACGGAGAGGAGGGGGAAAAAGACAGUGCGUUUUGAUGGUGGGACCAAUGUCGGCGGCUCUCAGGAGGAAGAAUGGUCUUGGGAGGCCGAUCGGCAGGGUAGCCAAGACAGCGCGACCAAAGACUCCGGGAUAGACACUUCUAGCACGUUCACGAGCAGUGAAGACAGCAACAGGGGCGAUCUGCCCAAGCAUCCAUUAUCCUGGCAAGUGAGCGAGGACGGUCAGAAGAUCAUCGGCCACAUGGUUUUACGAAAAUCGGCUGGCUCCACAAGCUGUAGUAGUAUACUCGGACUAAAAGUUGUCGGUGGCAAGCUACUGGAAGAUGGUUCCAUGGGUGCUCUGAUCGAGAAGGUGAAAAAGGGUAGUACGGCGGACGUAGAAGGUCAACUUAGACCCGGUGACGAGGUGAUCGCGUGGAAUGGAAGGUCCCUUCAGGGCAAAAGCUUCCGGGAAGUUUGCGACAUCAUCGGCGAGUCGAGGAUGGAGCCGCAAAUCGAGCUCGUAGUUGAGAGAAAGUUGUCGUCGACGACAACAGGCAUGAUGCCCGCAGGACCGGGCCCAUCGACGCCCAUGGCGUCGAGGCGGAUCGCCGCUCAGAGUCAAUGGAGACAGAAACACGAGAGCAUCUCCGGACCUCAGCAACCGCAUCACAAAGGUCUUAAGAAAUGUAUCCUAUGGGAGUUGUACGACGCGAGGCGUGAGAAACCCUCGGUUUUAGUGACGUCGCCCGGCUCGCCGGACCUGCACGCCCAAGGACGCAGCCGACACUCCCGACAUCCGACCGGAAAUGCGAACGUGGGCGGUAGCAUUCAGGUGAAGCUGAGUUUCGAUCCCGUGGGACUUCAGCUGAUCGUCACGAUAAUUUGCGCUACGGGCCUCACACCGAAGAGCAACGGCCAACCUAGAAAUCCCUACGCCAAAGUUUUCCUGCUUCCCGACAAAAGCGAGAAGUCGAAACGGCGUACGAAGACUGUAGCGAACACAAACGAACCUAGAUGGAAUCAGACUUUCGUUUAUAAUGGAGUCAGACGUUCGGAACUAAGAAAGAGGGCAUUAGAGAUUACAGUCUGGGACUACGCGAGGUACGAGGCGAAUGAUUUUCUCGGCGAGGCUGUCCUGGAAUUGGCAGUAUGUCUCUUAGACGAGGAAGCAGAAUGGCAUUCUCUGACCGCUCACGGAGAACACCGGCACGUCAGGCAUUACCAAGACACCGACGACAUGAUAGAUUGUCAUCUUAGUCCACCGUCGACCACUUCGAGAUUAAGUGACUCUGACACCUCGGAGUGCGAUAUUACGGACUGCGACGUGUCGAGAGAGCAAAGAAGAACGGCCGACGGUGCCAGCAUAAGUAGUAUCGGCAGUUCCUCUAGGUUUCAUAAUAUGCCGUCAAAUUAUAAGCGCCACUAUUCUAGCCCGCCGCCGGAGAGGGAGCUCUGCGUCGACGGUGAGCAUCGGAGUCGAAGAGACAUGUCGCCUCAAGGACGUAAAAGGGCGGCCCUCAUGAUCCGCGACCAACCAGCCACCAUCGCAUCGAGUUACCAGACAUAUCGUAAGGACGACAUCCAUCGGGGAAUGAUGGGUCACAGGUCGCACAGCGCGGCACCUAUGGACUCGCCGAGUGUCAGGUACCGCGGAAGGUCUCAGAGUCCCACUGGUCAUCGUUCCUUGUCGCCACCCGAACAUAGAUCCAUUCCCUACUCGCAUGGAUACGUUCACUCCACGAGAUUUGGCUCAAGAUCGGCGACUGCCACUCCCACUGGAUCGCCAAAGAAACGUCAGCUACCUCAAAUCCCGGCAACCAUGAAGGAGAGGAUCGCGCAGGAUCUAGAAGAACGAGCGAGAUUCAUGAGACACCGCAGCAGGCCGAUGUACAGAAGCACGGGUAUGGGAACCUGGGAAAGGCAUUACAGCGGCCUUUCGGACUCGGAUCUUCCCUCAAUGGGACACGAUCCGCUAUCGUUGCCACACAGUCACCCUCAUAGAUUGCACAGACCGAGAAAAGGACACUUGAGUCCCGACAAAGACAUACUCGGUGAUCUCGGGGAUUCUGACAUGGAGAGCAUAGCUUCGGUAACGAGCAGUGCCUUUAGUACACAAUCGGAACGGCCACGUGGAUCGAGAACGCUAAUGCCUGGGGCCGUCGGUCUGCUAUCGCGCCGGGCCAAGAGUUUCGAGUACGAGAGCAUUUCGAGCAACAUAUUCAGCGACGACAGUCUCAGGACGGCCAGGAGAAAGCUCAAGCGGAAUCUCUCUCUCAGCGACGCCGGAUACGGCGACAAGAUACCGGCGCUGGGCGAUCAGAGCAAAUCCUACUACGAUUCUAACGGCGACGACAAAGUGCCUAAGAGUCUCGCGAGCAAAGAGACGAGUUACGAUUUUCUCCUCGAUGAGGAGCACAAGCCGUUUUACGGAUACGACUCGGAGCUGAGCUGCGGCGAGACGGAGAUCUACGUGCCGAGCUACGAGAAGAAGAGCAUUGAGAGCAGCGAUUACAAGCCUUCGUACGGCUCGCACUUGGUGGACGACAACGAUCUCUUCACCAGCGGCAACGACCGUGCUAAUCUCAGGAAUAUUUUGGACAAGGAAGACACCGGCAAAAGAAAAUACAUAGACGGUAGUUAUUUGAAUCACGAUUCCUCGUACAUCAGAGACAUAUCGCCGGAGAAGAGAGCGAAAAGCUUGGAAAGCGACCUUCGCAAUCCGAUCGGCGAUCGCAUGUAUUGCAGCAUCGACGAGGCUCUGUCGUCCGGCGAAAAUUACGCCCGCAAUAUUCUCGCGAGAUCCGUCACGAAGAUCCAUGACACUUGUGAUAUCGACAGCUGGACAAAGGACGUGAAGAGUGUGCUACGGUCUCACGGCGGAACAACAACCAGCCGUUCUUAUGAAGAGGACGGAUACAAGAGUUACGAGAAGUGGAACGCCGAUUACGACGAAGGAUUCAUCGACCGAGACAAAAGCGAGGAUUACGAGCAGAAGCAAUUUGGCUGUCUGAAGAAAGGCAUGCGAAGUUUGAGAAUCGGCGCGUCGGCGCCGACGUAUGGCGAGUACCGCGACGGAGCGAGUCGCCCGCGCAUUCUUCAUGGAAAACGUUACGCACAGUCCGAGGAUGAGGGCGGAAAGCUCGCGACGAGCGACUACCCGAGUUAUCGCCCCGCCGAGGAUUACGAAUAUCAGACUACGCACACGGCAGUAGGCAAGGCGGAUUUGUACGAGGACGGCUCGGCGCCGCGUAGACGCAGACGAAGGAGCAGAAGAGGCAGCAGAGAGGGGAGCAGCGCAGGUGAUUACGAUAAUGUGCCGGCCAGAGACGCGCAGUCGAGAUUAACAGAGAGCAAGAGACUGAUGAUCCAGCGAACCGAGUCCACGCCGACUCUGCACUCGGACGAGGACCUAAGCGCGAAUGCGGAUCGCAUGAGACGCAUAUACCGCCGUAGACGAAACAGCAGCCUGCCGGAAAGCAGAGAUCUGCGUAUGUACGACCGGCGAAGAGACGGCGAGGAGAGGACGUCGAGCUGCGUGCUGGACUCCGACGAGGAGUUCGGCUCCAUGGAGACGGUCGUCGGCGCCGAUUAUUUCCGUCGGGCCACGUCGGAUGCGAACGACGGCGUUAGAUCGAGCUUCUUUGACGCGGAACAAGAUCGUAGUAGCUAUUUAGACUCAAGAUACGAUUACGAGGACCGUUAUCAGGACCGCAGUUACCCGGAGGCACGCGAGCUAGUUAGGUCAGGGUCACAGCGUACUUCGAGUCGCGAGGCGCGACACGCGUCGCGCGCUAGGCGUAAGAGUAGUUGCCCCGAGUGUCGUGAACUAGCGCUGUCCGCCUCGGAGUUAGGUAGGUCGGGAUCGUUGUCGCGAAGGGGUGACGACGCACGGCGAUCAUCGUUAGAGGCGAAGCAUAGAUAUCGUAGGCGGAACAGCAGCUGUCCGGAGGCUAGGGAUCUCGAGAUGUUCGAGAAGAGGCAGCGGCAGCAGCAGCUAGCGCAGCGUCAUCAUCAGCAGCAGCGCCGGCAGCCGAGCCAGCAGCACCAGCAAUCGCAGCACCAGCAGCAGCAUCAGCAACCGCAGGGAAGUAGUAAGAGGAACGUGGCGAUCAGCGACACCCUCGAGUACUACGAGUACUCGAUGGAGAGCGAGAGCCAGUGCAGCGAAAACUGCGGAUUUGGCCCGUGCGAUCCGCGUAGGCCCCGUAACCGAGCACCCCGCCCUGGUAACGCUAAUUCGAGUCUCUUUGAUUCCCAAACCGCUACCUCCGAUACUGCUAAAAACUACCACCCACGGGUCGACGAUCAUCAUCAUCAACAUCCGCGAAACACGAAAACAUCACCGCUCGCCAAUGUCGUCGACGUGGCAUCCACGUUCCUGCUUUCGCCGUCGUCGUCCUCGUCGUCCGCCCGGCGACGACCCCGAAAAAAAUCUUACGACGUCGACACGGCUGCCGCCGAUCGUCGCGACGACGACGACGCACGAAAUCGUCGUUCAUCAUCCAUGCCCGAAAGCAGCGAGUACAGCGGUCAGUCGAGUUCGUACGAGAAGACGCCUAGACGCCAGGUCACCGACAACGGGCACGACGAGCACGACAAGAGAAACCAGUUCACUAGGAGUCUUAGUAACGCCGAUGUGCCGCAAGAUGAGAAAGACACGGGUAGUUUCAGCGAUACAGCGAUUGCAUUGAAUGUUGAAGACCCGUCGAGGAGAGGCCGUAAGAGCUCGCCGGGAAGCAAAAGCGGAAGCGGUAGCAGCAGCGGAAGCGCGGUGCAGUAUCAAGCGGGUCUGGGGAAGAAGAGUAACAGCACCAGCCAAUUAUCCGCGACAGAGUGCGGCGGGAUGAUCAUCGGUGGUGGAAGCGCCGGCGCCGUGGCACGCGGUGCCGGUUUAGCGAACCGGAAGCGCAACAGCACGCCGAGCAGCAUACAACGAUCCGAGGAGAUCAUGCCUGUCUACCAGGUGCGCUUUGACAACAAAGGAUCGGCAGCCAGCGAUACCGCCGGAAGUGUCAACUCGAUCUCUAGUUCCGAAGGAAGCUCUUGGUCUCCCAGUCUGCGAAUGGCAGGCGAAGGACAGUUGCGAGAAUUCAUGGAUGAUCUUGGACCUGCUCAAAUGGUCGGAAGGCAAGCACUCGGUGCCCGUUGUCUCGGCGAGAUUCAACUAUCGUUGAGCCACGUGAAGGGUUGCCUUCAAGUAGAGGUCAUACGUGCCAAAGAGCUUAAACCGAAACAAGGCAGCAAAGUAAUACCCGCUUCUUACGUGAAGCUUUAUCUGGUGAACGGUAAGAGAUGUAUAGAGAAAGCGAAAACCUCGAUGGCCAGAAAAACGUUGGAUCCAUUCUAUCAACAGUUGUUGGUUUUCAAAGAAAACUAUCGGGGUUGUAUAUUACAGGUGACAGUAUGGGGUGACUAUGGCCGAAUAGAAGGGAAAAAAGUGUUCAUGGGUAUUGCACAGAUCAUAUUGGAUGACCUGGACCUCAAUCAGAUGGUGUUCGGAUGGUACAAGCUGUUUGACACCCAAACCCUGUGAAAACAAACCAAAUCGAGCAAGUUUGGGAUAGAUGUGAACUCAAAUGUGGUGUACUAGGUAAAUAAGAUGUGAAACGAUCAAUGACGACACACGUUUUCAGUGAAUCUAAAUGUGGUUAAGUGAGUAAGAAAUUAAUGAAUACAGUGAAGAAUGAAGUGUCGAUGAACUUCACUUAAUCGACACGCGGGAAGGAUUGAAAAAUGUUGAGAACAGUAUACAUAUAUACAUAUAUAAAUAUAUUACAUAUACUUAUGGAAGACGUUUCCAGACUUUGUAUAUAAUUUAGGACAGUUCAAGUACUAAAUGCCGAUCCUCGAAACAGUUCGGCUGAAAGACGUUUAUCGUUGUCAAGUUUUUAGUCAAAAAUGUCACCGUCAGAGCAUAUAUUAUUUAAUGUAAAUAAUAUAAUAACUAUAUAAAUUUGCGAUAUGUGCGCGCAGGUUUGAAUGGGUAAUGACAUUAUAGCGUUAUAUUCUCGUUGACUUACGAUUUCUACGAUGAUCGUUACUAAUAAUUUUCGCAUUUUCUGUUAAUUAGAUAAACUCGAUCUAAUUUUAUCGUUCUUAAGUUAGCAUCGGAAUAUUUAGAAUUGUACGAUAAUGAUGUGAUUAAUUACACAGUUUGUUUUCUGACAUAAUACCGACAUUCAUUGGUCAUCGUAUCUAUCACGUUAUUUGGCUUUUUACGAUUUGUUUAGUAACUUGUCCAAAAAAAUGAGACAAACUAUUACGAUAUAGAAAAUGUGGAGCAAACGUAUGUACCACAUUUGUUAAGUACGAAGCAGACUGAUAAAUCGAUUCCUAUGCAUCAAGUUUGGCUGCUUUCGUUGAAUUAGCGAUCUUGAAGCCGGAUUGAAGAAGUUAUACCCGAACAAGUGGUGAAUUAGCUUCGUUUGAGAAUUUUGUUUGGGAAUUUUAUUCACGUAAGAAAGAAAAAACCAAUUUAUGAAACAAAUUGAGAAAACAAACCGCCCAUAUAACUCGCGUAAACGGGACGCGUCGCGGCAAAAAUUCUCUUUCGUACUGAUUUUGUACAAAAAAAAACAGUGAAUGCCACUAAAUAUUUAAGAGGCUUUGUAAAUCUCUGUAAGAAGUGCGUAAAUGCUUGCCAUUAAUUUUAUAUCUUAAUUAUCGUGCUAUGUGUUCGGUCUUUCUUCGUGCGUAUCUCGAAUACUCGCAAAGAUACAUUCAGCGAGCAUGCACGUGAAGCAUCUGCUGUGAAUUAGUAAAUAAUACAUUUGUGCCCUGAGAGCGAGAGAGAAAGAGAGAGAGAGAGAGAGAGAGAGAGAGAGAGAAGAGA